AUGUCUCUCAAGCCCAUCACUCUGUACGGCCACGCAACCGGCCCCAACCCGUGGAAGGUCGUCAUGGUCCUCGAGGAGCUCAACAUCCCGUACGAAAACAAGAUCGUCGAUUUCCCCGACAUGAAGAAAGAGCCCUUCGAGUCUAUCAACCCGAACGGCCGUGUCCCCGCCAUCGAAGACCCCAACACCGGCAUCACCUUGUGGGAAUCGGGCGCUAUCGUGGAGUACCUGGUGGAGACCUACGACAAGAAGCACACGAUCAGCUUUGAAAACGGGUCAAAGGACUAUUUCCUGGCCAAGCAAUGGCUACAUUACCAGGUGUCCGGCCAGGGCCCUUACUUCGGCCAGGCUGUGUGGUUCACCCGUUUCCACCCAGAACAGCUCGAGAGCGCCAAGGAGCGCUACUACAAGGAAAUCCGCCGUGUCUCUGGGGUCCUUGACAAGUUCCUGGCUGAUAAGGAGUACCUCGUUGCUGGCAAGUUCAGCUACGUUGACCUUGCUUUCGUCCCGUGGUUCCACUUGGUCGGGUAUGUUGGCAUUGAAUUGUCCGAGGAUUUUCCCCACCUUGAUGCUUGGUUGAACCGCCAGAAGGCCCGCCCGGCUAUUUCAAAGACGCUGAAGCUGCGCGAUGAGGCUAUGGCUGCUGCUCAUUAA